UAUACGGUUAUACCCCACUCCGCCUCUCCUUUAAAGCUAGCUCUCCAAUCAUCGUCUUCUCACUUCUUCAAGAAAGCUCAGACUAUCUAAGCGACCCCAUCAAAUCUCUACCUCCUCAUUAUCUAGAGAUAGAGAGAGACUGAAAUGAGAAUGAGAGAAGACAUAGUGAGAGUGGUGGUGAGAGAAUUCGAACCCGAGAGAGACAAAGAGGCCGUGGAGGUUUUGGAGAAGACGUGCGAGGUUGGACCAAGCGGUAAGAUGUCCCUCUUCACCGACCUUCUCGGCGACCCUCUUUGCCGCGUCCGCCACUCUCCCUCUUUCUUCAUGCUGGUCGCGGAGACGUGCGGGAGCCAAAUCGUGGGCGUAGUCCGCGGCUGUAUCAAAACGGUCACAUGCGGCAAGAAGCCACUCCGCUCACCUUCCGGCGCGAAGCAAUACACCCCUAUCUACACCAAGCUCGCUUACCUCCUCGGCCUACGCGUCUCGCCCGCCUACCGGCGAAUGGGCAUCGGGCUCACACUCGUCCAAAAAAUGGAGGAAUGGUUCCGCUCCAAAGGCGCCGAAUACUCAUACAUCGCUACAGAUAUUGACAACGAAGCCUCUAUCAGCCUUUUCACUCUGCGCUCCGGCUACACCAAAUUCCGCACCCCUUCCAUUCUCGUCCACCCCGUCUUCGCCCACCGCUUCCCUCUCCACUACCGCGCCCUCCGCCUCCUCCCUCUCUCCCCCUCCGACGCCGAACUCCUUUACCGCCGCCGUCUAUCCACCACCGAGUUUUUUCCCCGCGACAUCGGCUCCAUUCUCCACAACCCCCUUUCCCUCGGCACUUACCUCGCCCUCCCAUCCGAUUACCCCUGGACCGGCCUCGAUAGUUUCCUCGCUGAACCGCCAGCUAGCUGGGCCGUUCUCAGCGUCUGGAACUGCAAAGCCCUCUUCAGGCUCGAGGUCCGCGGGGCCGGGAAAUGGCGGAGGUGGCUGUCAAAGGCCACGCGGGCUAUCGACAAAGCGCUUCCCUGUUUCAGAAUACCGUCGGUGCCUGAUGUUUUCCGGCCGUUUGGGAUGUACUUGAUGUACGGGAUUGAGGGGGAGGGGAAGGACGCGGCGGAGAUGGUGCGGGUGCUGUGUAGACACGUGCAUAAUAUGGCGAGGAAAGGAGGUUGUGCCGCGGUGGCAGCGGAGGUUGCGGCGGAAGAGCCGUUGAAGAAAGGGAUACCCUAUUGGCGGCGGAUGUCGUGCGCAGAAGAUUUGUGGUGUGUGAAGCGACUGGCGGAGGAGUAUAGUGAUGGGGCGGUCGGAGAUUGGACAAAGGCGGCGCCGGGCAAAUCAAUUUUUGUUGAUCCCAGAGAGUUUUGAUCAAAACAUUUUUCAAAUUUCCUUUUUUUUUUUUUACUAAAUUUCGGCGUUAUUAUUUUUUACUAACUUGGGAGCUUGGAAUUUUUCUUGCAACGGCUAUGUAGAAGAAGACGAUCUUAUGUGUAAAAUGGUUGCGUUGGGUUAGAUUUACCGGAAAGAGGGAAAAGAAAUUUGUCUGGGUUUUUUACCUGCUUCGAUGUAAUUCUAUUAUGAAUUUACUAGUUAUUCUAAGAAAUUUGAAAUUUCUGUUUGAA